AUGGCUUCCCUACACCCGGCGCCCAACAUGGCGCCAGGCAAUGCCCCAUCCUUGCCGCCGAACUUGACACAGCAAAAUGUUCAAGAGAUUCUGCAGAAAUACAAGCAGAUGCAGGAGCAAGGUGUCCGCGCCGAUGACCCAGAGUUCCAAAGGGCCCACCAGCUUCUUUCUAUGAUUCAACGACAGCAGGCUUUCGCAAAGCAACAGCGCAUGGCUCAACAGCAGGUGCAACAACAGCGCCCUCAGCAGACAAAUGGCGGCGCUGCCCCCGAGGCCGUCGCUACCAAUGGUGCCCAUGCUCGCACCGCUUCGGCUUCAUCAGCGAACACCCCCAAUGCCUCUGCAGCCUCCGCCCAGAACUCGAAGAACGCCCCAGUACCCGGUGGAAACUUCUCACCAGAGCAACUGGCUACACUGCGAAACCAAAUUCUGGCUUUCAAGAUGCUGUCCAAGAACCUCGCCAUUCCCCCACGUGUCCAAGAACAGUUGUUCCAGAAGAAGGCUCAAACGCCUACUCCCACCGAGACAGUUUCCACGGCCAAAAAAGUCAUCGAAUCUGCCAGUGAAGGCCCUGGAAGCACAGCACCAGAAAAUGUUGAAUCAGAAGUUCUCACUCGGGAAUGGUACGAUAACUUCCAGUCGCCAUAUGACUCGCUAGCUAGCACCAUUAGCUAUACAGACCACGCCAAGCGCGCCAGCCGUGUCCGCAUCCCAGCGCUCUUGCCUCCCGGCAUUGAUCUGGAGCAAAUUCGCGAGGAUCGUGAAAUCGCAGUGUACAACAAAAUUGCAGCUCGUAAAGCGGAGCUUGCUCAACUCCCCGCUAAUCUUGGAGUGUGGGACACAAGCAAGAGCGACACACCCACAUAUGAUGACUCGCUCAAGCUGAAGGCCUUGAUUGAGUGGAAAUCCUUGAACUUGUUAGCCAAGCAGCGCCAGUAUCGCAAGCAACACCAGGGCGAGAUGUUCCACUACAGUAACCUCGGCAUGACUGCCAACCGAUCAAGCCACCGACGCAUGAAGAAGCAAUCUCUGCGUGAGGCUCGCAUCACCGAGAAGCUUGAGAAGCAACAGCGUGACGCUCGCGAGUCUCGGGAGAAGAAGAAGCAGUUCGACCAGAUCCAAGCCAUCCUCAACCACAGUGUGGAGCUUGCCAACGCCGCUGGCCAGCAACGCGCCCGCUCCCAGAAGCUGGGUCGCAUGAUGAUUUCUCACCACCAACACAUGGAACGUGAAGAGCAAAGACGUGUGGAGCGUACCGCCAAGCAGCGUCUCCAGGCUUUGAAGGCCAACGACGAGGAGACAUACCUGAAGCUCCUCGGACAGGCCAAGGAUUCUCGUAUCUCUCAUCUGCUCAAGCAGACCGAUAACUUCCUGAAGCAGCUUGCUGCCUCCGUCAAGGAACAGCAGCGUAGCUUGGCAAACCGCUAUGGCGAUGAUCUUGGACCCGAUGAGGAGUCUGACCAGGAACUUGCUGACAGCGAGAACGAGGACGAUGAUACGACCGCCAGCGGCAAGAAGAAGGUCGACUACUACGCCGUCGCUCACCGUAUCCAGGAGGAAGUUACUACACAACCCACCAUGCUUAAGGGAGGUACUCUCAAGGAGUACCAGAUCAAGGGUCUCCAAUGGAUGAUUUCUUUGUAUAACAACAACCUCAACGGUAUUUUGGCCGACGAGAUGGGUCUCGGAAAGACCAUUCAGACGAUCAGUUUGAUCACUCAUAUCAUCGAGAAGAAGAAGAACAACGGACCUUUCUUGGUCAUUGUUCCCCUGUCAACACUCACCAAUUGGAACAAUGAGUUCGAAAAGUGGGCACCUGACGUGGGCAAGGUCGUCUACAAGGGCCCGCCCAACGCUCGUAAACAGCAACAACAGCAGAUUCGAUGGGGUCAGACCGUCCCAUUCUGA